AUGUCUCAGGUUCGGGUUACAGACUUCUUCUCUCAGAGAAAGAAAGCUCCGGUUAAACAAGCCAAGCAGCGCAGCCAUACUGCUGCAGGACGUUCUGCUUCUAAAAACAAAGACGCUCUCCUGUCUUCAUCUUCUGUCCACCAAGAGUUUCUCCGAGUGAUCGAUGAGGCUGUGGGACAGAACGAUGGAAAGUCUACUGGCAUCCACACAGACAAGAACCAUCCCUGUAGUCCCCAGACCCCGAAGAGGACUUCUACCGACGCACAGUUUGACCUCGGGGCAGCCGUGUUCUCAGCCACCGCUGAACACAGCACCUCCAAGAAGAGACGGCAAGAAGCGGAGAGAGACGCCGAGAAAGUAACAAGGAAGACGGCCAGAAAGAAACUGAUCCUCCCUCAGGACACACCACAGACUGCAGCCCAGCCGCCGCACAGUGAGGUGAGCCAGCAGGCCUCAGUGUCUGAGAACCAUGAUAACAUCCAGACCAGCAGCUCUCCACAGAAGACUCAUGUCACCAGGAGCAACAGAGGACAGGCCAGCAAGGUGCUGUCUAAAGAGGACAUCACAGCUCUCAAGUCUCGCCUUCAGAGGAUCAAGAAACAGGCAGAGGAAAAAAUCAGCACUGCUUCCUCCUCUUCAGUUUCCUCCACUUCAGUUUCCUCUUCCUCCUCCUCUCCAGUAGAUCCAGCACCUACAAGCACCUCUCCUGCUUCCACCGUGCCCCCCUCCUCUGAUGCUAAGACCCUCAAGUCCACCUUAGCACGAGCCAAAGAGCUGGCAGCUAAAGCUCAGAGGAGGAAGGAGGAGAGCAGGCAGAGUGAGACACAAUCACAGGAGAGUGCUGAGCAGCCAGCAUAUCAGAGGUACCACACCCUCGCCCAGGCAGCCCCCCCAGGCUUAUCCCUGCCGUACCAGUACAAGGUCCUGGCUGAGAUGUUCAGGAGUAUGGACACUGUGGUCGCCAUGAUGUACAACCGCAACGAGACGUCCACCUUCACCAAGAUCAAACAGGGAGUUCAGGACAUGACGCACAAGCGGUUUGAGGAGAGCCACGUUGGUCAGAUAAAGACGGUGUUUGCUGAGGCGUAUACGUUCAGACAAGAGAAGAACAUCCCAACAUUCAACAGCAGCAUUAAGAGGGGCAGCUACCAGCUCACUGUGGAACCCAACAUUCACUCUGAUCAGAAUGAAGCUCGUUCCAUCCUGUCAGCCUCUCGUCUCCUGGAGAGAAGACACAUCUUCCACCACAACCUGGUUUCUAUUGUUAAACAGCACCACACGGUCUUCCUGUCCUCUUUGGUUCCUACGGUGUCUGUACCAGAAGACAGACUGACCCGCUGGCACCCUCGCUUCAAUGUAGACACUGUUCCAGCUGUGCACAUCAGUUCACUGCCUCAGCCUCCUCACACUGAGAAACUGACCACAGCUCAGGAGGUGCUGGACAAAGCCUGCUCACUCAUCACACCCAAGAUGGAGAAGGCUCUGGUUUCUCUGGCUCUGAGGACAGAAGACGCAGAGAGAAAAGAGCCAAAACCUGUAAACAACCCACCAGCCACCCAAACAUCUGCUCCAUCACCUACCGCUGCAGCUCAGGUCCCAACUGCCUUGAAAGGAGUGUCCCAGUCCCUGCUGGACAGGAUUCGAGCGAAGGAGUCCCAGAAGCUCCAGGCAGCCAUGACUCGAAACCCCACCCACGAGGAUCGCUUGCUGAUGAUGUCACGGCUCGGGGAGCUGGCGAGGAUUCUGCGGAACGUGUUUAUCGCUGAGAAGAAACCGGCUCUGAUCAUGGAGGUGGCCUGUAAAAAGAUGGUGGGCAGCUACAGAUCUGCUCUCAGCACAGGUGACAUGGAGAAACACAUCCGCCUGCUGGCAGAAGUGGCGGCUGAUUGGCUGAGUAUCCAUCCAAUCAGGAAGGACUUCUACCUGAAGUUGAACAAGAACACGGAGCUCAGCGUGGUUCUGGACAAACUGAGCAGCAGACUCAAAGAAGAGGAGAGACUCUGAGAGAUGAAGAGCAAAUUCUAAUGACAGAGUGAUGACAUGGACUU